AUGUACCAAAGUAGCUUGUGUAACAAGGGAACGUUACAGAAGCCCCCGAACAGUCAGCUAAUCCACAAGCAUGUGAACUCCCUGGUCUGUGAGUGGAGCCCGGGGUCUGAGGGCAUCAUGCUGGAUACAGAGGGCCGAUGGUCCGAGGCGUUAGCCAGCAACAACAUCAGAGCCAUCAUCCGCUGGCUGCGGGAGCUCACAGCUGAAGGUGUGGGUGAGAUGGAGGACAUCCUACAGACCUUCAGCUGCUGGGUACAGAGGACAUCAGAGUUUGCUAAGAAGGAGUUAUUAACACUAUGUUUCAGUCGUUGCAAGGGCCUGUGGAUGUUCCUGGACCGCAGCGCUUUCAGCAGAGUGCACAUGCUGCUGCAGAGACUGAGGAAUCUGCUCACCCUGGCUCAGUGGGCAAGGAAGCAGCUCGGUUCAGCCCACCUCUGGCAUGGUAUGGGCGUCCCAUGUGUUGUCUGCAGGGAUGCAUCAGGCUCCUCAGACAUCAGACGAGGCUGCUGGAACCGAGAGCACGGGGCCCUAAAGCAACACAUUUGGCUAGGACAGCUGUCUCUGCUCAAGCUCGUGUUGGUGCCUCAUAUCGACAAGAUGUCAGUCCAAGCGCUUCUCAUGUACUUUGUCCUGGAUACAGCCAACUUCCUGCAGUGCAGAGACGACCUUCUCCAAUCUUUCUGCCACGCCUUCUCUAUUCCUUUCUGCUUUUCCCAACAAAUCAGGGCCUUCUGGAUGCUUGAUCAAGGACAAAUCAAGGCCUCCAUGGAGUUACUGCUGAGCCCCCGGGCUGCUGCUCCAUGUCUCACAUGGCAGCAUCGCUGCAUCAUCCGCUGUCUGCUGACCAGGAAGCAGCCUCAGCUGGCGUUAAAGUACCUUCACUGGACCAGGCCUGCAAUGGAGAGCGUUGAGGAUGUGAAGCUAUGUGCAGAUGUGCUACUUCAAAACAGUUGUGUCUCUGAAGCCUGGGCUCUGCUGAAGAGAGGCCACACAGAGAGCGAUGAGGUGGUCCUGUACUUCCUCCAGGGUGAGGAGGACAUUGUAAAUGGGACUACAGGGUUGCCACUGAUAAAGAAAGACAUGUCAGCAGAAAGGCCACCCUGCCCGCUGUCUGCCAAACUGUAUCAGGCUCAGAGCGUCAACACAGUCUUCCCAGAGGAAUUAGUACGACUGCUCAGAAAGGCUGCGACGGAAGUGAGAACGCUACACCCCAAGAUAAGUGAGGUUGCGUCGCCGGAGCACAAUGAGAGAAAAUCGAACAGCAGAGAGAUGUUUCUGUCGACCCAGGCUUUCCGUCAUCUCACGCCCAGCCCCUCCCCACUGGCCAUGUUAGAAGAAACAGUUCAGACAGCACAUACAGAUGAAGCAGAAGAGAAACAGCCUGUCUCUAAUAAGCCUGAACCACCAGAGAGCAUUUCUUCUUCUGAGGAUCUGAGCUCUGAGAACAUCUCCUCCUUCACCUCAGCAUCCUCACUGCCUCUGUUGAGACGGGACGAGGAUCUCCUCUCUCCUCACUGA